CAGCGGCUCCCGGCGGAGCAGCGCUGUGAUUGGCCGGAGCCUUGAGGAGGGGGAGUGCAUUCUUCAUCUCCUCUCCUCUCCUCUCCUCUCCUCUCAUCCUGGAGAUCAGAGCGAUGCGGAGACAAUAGGACGCAAAGCCGCAGGGAGGGAAGCAGGAUGCUCGGAUCCACAUCCAGCAACGACACACGGUUCUGGGGAGGCUUCUGGCAGGACGCGUCGUUCAGGCUCACCUCGCUGUAGUAUGCGCUCUCAUAAACCUGCGUGUUUUUUAUUAUGAGACUGCGUGGACGGGGUGGAGCCUACAGCCUCCAUAUGGGAACCCACUGAAGGUGAUACCAGCUGUUGGCUGCUUCUCCUCUCCUGCCUGAGAGUUUACUCAUCGCUUCUUCACCCCAGUCCAUCAUUUGAAGCAACCCCCACCAUGAGCUCCUCUCCGCUGGUUUCUCGAGCUAACGUGGACAUCCUGGACGAGCUGCAGUUGAUUGCCGCGCAGAACCUAGAGAGGCUAGAGGUCAACAAGUACUAUGAGGUAAUCAGGGAGCUGGGGAAGGGCACCUACGGCAAGGUGGACCUGGUCAUCCACAAGAUCAGAGGUACAAAAAUGGCACUGAAGUUUCUGAAGAAGAAGACGACCAAGCUGAAAUCGUUCCUUCGGGAGUACAGCAUUUCACUGUACCUGUCUCCCUGCCCCUUCAUCAUCAACAUGUACGGCAUCGCCUUUGAGACAGACGAAUACUACGUCUUUGCCCAGGAGUACGCAUUGGCAGGAGAUCUCUUCGAUAUCAUUCCCCCACAGGUUGGUCUACCUGAGUCAGUUGCAAAGCGCUGUGUGCAUCAAGUGGCCAUUGCUUUGGAUUAUCUGCACUGUAAGAAGCUCGUCCACAGGGACAUCAAGCCUGAAAACAUUCUCAUUUUUGACAGAGAGUGUCGCAAAGUAAAGCUUUCAGACUUUGGCAUGACCCGUCGGGCUGGCUCGCCUGUAAAAAGAGUGAGUGGCACCAUUCCCUACACGGCCCCAGAGCUUUGUGAUGCCUCCCGCCAGGAGGGUUUCUGUGUGGACUACAGCACUGAUGUCUGGGCCUUUGGUGUCCUGCUCUUCUGCAUGCUGACUGGCAACUUCCCUUGGGAGAAGGCGCUUCCCACUGAUACUUUCUACCAAGAGUUUAUCCACUGGCAGAGGAGGAGGACGAACACGGUGCCAUCUCAGUGGAGACGCUUUACCGAACAGGCCCUGCGUAUGUUCCGCCGACUGCUCUCAGUGGAGCAGGACCGCCGCUGCUCUGUUAAAGAGGUGUUCGGGUACUUCAGCCACUCCUGGAUGCUGGAUGCGGAGCAUGAUAACAAUGGCAAUGCAGGGGGAGGAGGUAGCGGGGAGAUGGUUAGCGGCAGCAGUGGAGGGGGAGGAGGAAAUGUGCGAGGAGAUAUGGAAGGCACCAUCUCAACUUCUUCAUCAGGGGAAGAAGAUGAGGAGCUCCUAGUCGAGAGGAUGAAGCAGCAGACUUUGUCGCCUCGCUCACCGCUCUCUCCAAUGUCUCCCAUGGCAGUGGAGAGGGGCAGCGGUGGUGGCGGGCUCAAGGGAGCCAUGAUGGACCCAGGAGGGGGACAUCAUUUCGUGUCUGUCUCCACUAACAGCUCUGUGUCCUCCACCAACAGUUACGACCGAAUGCCACGAGAAAACGGUUCCCCCGGUGGCCGUUUGCUGGUGGCCACACCCAUUGAAAUCUGCGUGUGACCACAGCGAUCUUUGCUUCACUCAACCAACACUUUUAUACCUCUUAAACUUCAAUAGUUGUGCAUGCAUUGAAAAAGGACCAGACUAAAAGUACUAACAUGUAUCCUGUAUUCAACAUCUUGGAAAGAAAGUUAGCACACUGAAGACUUAGAAGGUCUUAAUUGAAGGCACACUUUCCUCAUAAGGAAAGAUUUUUGAAUGGAUAUCAACAAGAGAGGCUUUGUUUACAAUCCACUCACAUUAUGAAAUGCAUUUUGGGAGAAUAUAAAGAAAAGGUAAGAGACAGUGGCUUAAACCAUCGAAAAAAAAUAAAAAAUGUAUUUUAUGGAGCAAUACCAGCAGCAAAAACAAUGAAAGACUUCAAAAGCUGUGACAAAGUGAUGAAGGAUUUGUUUCUCUGCUGAGGACUAAAACAGAGCUCGAAGAAAUGCGCUAGUUAACACACUGAGACGAGGUGUAACAGAAAUGUGUGUGCUUGUGAGUUGUGUGUGUAUGAAUAUGAAAAAAGUGAAUUUAUUUAGUUUUGAGAUGCAAUUUAUUUAUUGAAUCGUAAAAAACGAAACUAUUUUUUCUAUUUUCUUUCUUUUUGUGGUUUUUAUAAGGUAGCUUUUUUUGUUUUCCCUUUUAUUGAACAAUGUAAAGUGACGUCCAGUUCCAUCUCCCUGUACAACGGAAGCGGUUGGCUGAUGAGUCAGGGUGUAACGGUCUCUUCAGCUCAUGAGACACUAUGAUACGUAAUCCAGGGUUUAUGACAACAAGUGGAUAUUUGUUUUCACAAAUAGUGUGAAGGUCUCAAAAAUCACAAACUGCUUUGAAAAGAUAUUCCUUUAGGUGAAAAGUUAUUCAUUUUAGAUUUAUGGGUGUUUAAGCUUUUCAUUAUCUAUGGUAGUCAAAUUCUAAAAUUCUAUUGUAAACUAAAUUUUAGAUUUGAACAAAUUUCUUUUUUAGUUAUAGCUAGAAACUAGUUAGCUUUAGCGUUGUUAGCUUGCUGUGGUUUAAAUUAUUUUCUGAGAGAACGUAGAAAUUAUUUGCAUGUAUUUCUCUCUGCAGUUUGUUUUCCUAUGGGCCAUUGAAAUUACGGACCAACGAAGGAUUUAAAAAUCAUGUCGUCAACUUUCAAAUGCUAACUUAUCAGUGUUAUCAGCCAGCCUGACGAGCAGUCCUUGUUGUCGACUCAACACUACUUUUUUUCUGCUUAAAAAAAACAAAAACCAAACGUUUCAGAUGUAGCUUGAAGCACUGGCCUUUAUAUCAUAGGCUUGAAUCUGUUAAGGCCAACACCAUAACUAGACAUAGCUGUGUGUGACAGAACUUAAACAUGACAUAUCGUACCAUCAAAUGCCGUUACACCCCUACUGAUGAGCAUACUGGUAUUAAUCCUUGUACAUUACGUGAAAUGAUCAACAGAUUCCAGACAGAAGAAUCUAAUACUAUUGGUCUGACUUCAAAUGAGAGAAAAUGAUUAUGUUUACUUUUAUAUUCACUCCAGAAAUGUUUUUGUGUUGAUUUUAUUUUUAAAGCUUCACAGGAAAAAUGAGUCAUCAAUGCUUUUUGGUUUCCUUUGUAUUUUUUUUGUUUUUACAGAACCUAUGGUAUUUCCUUUGAAACUCCUAUCUAAAUACUGUCUGUAGACAAAAAAAAGACCUUAGCUCAAUUUGGAGAAAAGAAACAGAAAAGAAAAUAACACCAGCUUUGUAAUUGCAUGACUAGCGCACACCUACAGCAAAAAAUACACUAGUUGAAAAAAGGUUUUGAAAAAAUAUGUGAUUAUUUUUGCUGUAGCACAAUUAGUUUUGACUGUGUGACAUAUUUGUGUUAUCAUGUGAUCAUCUUACCAUUUACAAGAACAGCUAAAAUAAUAAGCAUGAGGGCACUAAAUCGUGAGGCUGUAAUUAGGAACUUUAUUGUUUUAUCUGAAGACUUUUCUUCUAAAUGGCCUUUGAUGAGGUAGUGAUGCUUUUCACUUUUGUAUUUUUAUCAGAUUCAGAAUGAUGGCAAAAAAAGGCAAACCAUUCCUUUUUGACUAUGAGAAGACACCAAUAAUUAAAGAAAAACAUAUUUUUCAAAGCAUCAAAUCAUGUGUAGGAAUGGCUCUUGCUUUCCACACAUAAACCUGCAUGGAUGUGUUUGUGCUAAAAAACCUCUCUUGUGAAAACCUGCUCAGUGUUUCUCGAACCCCAAAGCGUAGUAACCUGUAGUGUAGCUGCCAACAAUAUGUUUCUUUAUCUAGUGAGUGUCAGUAGCCUCAGCAUAGAUACUCCUGACUGAGGAACAGCUAGACCCAGCUAAAGCCUGUACAUUUUCAUCGUGUUCUCCUGCAUCAGUGGGCACGUACGCCAAGUACAACAUCUUGUGACAAUCUCUGACCUCAUCAGCAGCCUUCUGACUCAGAACAAAGGACCAUCCUGAUACAGACACUGUAGCCCUGCUGUUUUCUGCAGCUGGCUGUGAACUGCACACCAAAUUCACAUGACCACAUAAAAUCUGUACAUGAGCUCAUCGUGCCAUUAAAACUCUCUGUAGACAAGGCUGUAUAUUCAUGUUGUCUUUACUUUGCUGGUUUUUUUUUUUUUUAAGUUUGAAAAGUCGGGCAAAUAACAGAAAAUGAUAUCCCUGAAUUAGACGGCUGUUGUAACUCUCAUAUUGGCUGCUUGGUAACAACCAGUGAUAAAUUUGGCACCUUAUUAGUUGUUUAAUAGGGUGCCAAAUAUAUUACCAAUACUUUAUAUUAUAUUGACGGCAGCAGCAGAAGAAAUUGCUGCUUUCAGCUUUAGGCUUAUGUGUAAAUAUUGUGAUACUUUUACUGAACACACUCAGAGAACUGAGAAAUCUAUUACUUCUCCCAGGGCGGCGAGAAGAGAGUUUCCAACAACUACUGUGUGAUUAGCCAGAAAUGUAAAGUGGAUGUGGUUAAUAUGGAAAAUUGAUGAUGUAUGACAUUUCCCAGGAGUUCUGCACUCGAGGUUAUCAUGAAGGACAAACCUUGUUCUUGGACCUCCAGUGAAAGAACCAGUUACUAGUUCUUCUGGACUAAGCACAGGCCUCACAGAUUGUCAUACCACAAGAACCUCAUGUUGAUCCGUUCUUCGAUUAAACCGGACACUUUUUUUCCUGAUGUUAACGUAAGUGCCAUUAAGUGCCAUUUUGUUCUGUUGAGCUGUUACCUUUGUGACUCAUUUGCCCGUUCAGUGAAGACAUUUUCAAAACACUAACUACAAGUAACACCACAUCAGUUCAGUACUCAGUGAAACGAUGCAGCAAUAAACAGAGGGAGAAAAAAAACAGGGAAUCAGAGUUAUUUUGUACAGUGGCAUUAGAUCAGCAUUAGCCACCGACAGACGAAGGAACGCUGACGUUUUAAAAUGGGUGUUUUGAAAUAUUAAGCCAGUUCUGCCAAAACAAUAGUUGCUAGUAUUUUAGUUACUUUUAAAAAGAAUAAAGCACCCCGGUGCUUUGUUAUUUUAAAUAGCAAGUUUCAGCUUUUGGAUAAAUUAGUUCUUACUUUUAGAAAAUCUAGGAAUCUACAAAGUGUGAAAAAUCUUGGACAUUACUAUGUAUUUAGUAAUUAUACCUGACUUACAGAUCCAUAUAAAAUUAUUCAUAAAUAAAAACAAUUGAUUGCUAGGUCAAUUUUCACAUUACUUAAUUUAUUAUGACUUAGCUCAUCGAGUAUUUUGGCAAUCGAGAAUUCUGUUAAUUUUCGGAUUAUUUGGAUUUGGAUUAGAUUUAUAUUGUCAGUAUUUGAAUAGCCAUGGUUGUAUUUAUCUGAAGAUUUUACCAGCACAUGCAAACAUUAGAUGAGUUCAGCUUUAGUAGCCAUUACAAAUACAAAUCCCACCAGCAAUACUCUGUAACAUUUUAGCGCUUUUUGUUAACUGGAAGCACAGACUGGAUGUUUUCUGUUCAGAUGAAUCACUGAUGUCAAACCUUUCUCUUACACAGGCGUAUCAUUUUGCCCCUUCCAUUCUGGAUUUUAUUCUAACAUGUCAUGCAAAAAUAAUAAUCAACCUUGAGACAUGCGGUGACAAAUGAGCAGUACACAGCUGCUUCACUAACUGAGGCAUCAAAUGAAAAGAUUUUGCGUGGGGGAUUUCUUUUUGUAAUCAGGUUAUUUUAACUACUUACAAUAACACUUACCGUACCCUAUCUAUUAAUAUGCGGACAUCAGUACUCCCAACAUGUCCAAACAUUUGGUGCAAAUAGAAAGAAUGAUGAGGUCUCCUUUAUUCAUUCUGAAAACUUGCUAGUGUUUUGGUAAUAAGGUGAUAUACUUUAGGGAAUUAUGGGACGGAGAUAAAAGUUAUCUGCCAAUAUGCACGCAAAACCAGAAUAUGUAAUUGGAUACUUUCAAAUUACCACCUACACUUGUUUUCUUUGCAACAAAUACUUUUGUGCUUGAGCAGAAAAUGGUGAUAUAUCUGUUUGAUUAUUGAGAUGUUUAGGUGGCCAAAAUGGAUUUCUGAGUUUGUAGAAGUCCUCUUUUUGUUUCCUAGUGUCUGAGUCAGUAAUUGCUGCUUUGUCAUCUUAUCCCUAAUGCGAUAUGCGUAAUGAAGUUCCAUUGUCUAUUUGCUGACAUGUUUCCCAGCAUCAUGAUUUUAGCAGUUUUAAUGAGUAGAUGACUACAGCACUAGAACUCGUAUCCACUUUUGUCUUUGCAAAACAACUGUCUUCCUGUAAGCUGAGAUUUAGUCAAUAAAAUGAAAAUGUGUUGGAGUGAAA